ACCAUUCACAAUAGGCGACCAAAACACCGACACUCAUUCCACUUGAGUUGAGCUGCUGCAACAUCCGAUUAUUUUUGUGAAAUUUCUUUGAAAGCAAAACAAAUUGCAAUUUAAUAUAAAAGUAGAGAAAAUUAGCUCAGAGAUUCCAGUAUGUUAUUGACAUUGAGGCGCAUCACACAACGUUUAUAUCCCAAGCAGAUACAAAUUUCGAAAAUGUCUCAAAUUGGUGAAUUGGGCAGCGGUGCCGGUAAAGGUGGCGGCGGUGGUGGUACCAUCCGUGAGGCUGGUGGCAGUUUUGGCAAAAUGGAAGCCGCUCGUGAAGAGGAAUUCUUCUACAAACAACAAAAAGAACAAUUGAAGAAUUUGAAAACCAAAACAGAAACUGCCAAACCAGAAGAGCAAAAAAAGUGAUGAGCGGGAGAGGGAUCGAACAUUGUAUGAGAGAGGGAGAAUGGAGAAAGUAGUAAUUUGUUAGAGUGACCAUUCGAAUUUUAUUAGUUUUUUUUUAAUAUUUUCAUUAAAAGUUAUUGUUCUGUUUAAAGAAUAUGUUUGGAAAUAAAUUUUGAAAUUAAUUAUUUAAAUUUAAAAAAGUUAAA